GCAAUUCUGGACCUAAGCUCUUUUGUACCAUCCAAUUGUUGAGAUCUCUUGCAUAUUUGGCUUGAAACAGAAAAAAUCGUGCAAUCCACCAUGAUCAUAGCCUUGCUUCUGCUAUUUAUGGUUUUCCAUAAUGCUUCUUCCUCUAGUGCACUUAGUACUAAUGUUGCUGCAAGACCUGAUGUUGUGAACAUUGGUGCUAUUAUCACUUUCGAUUCUAUAAUUGGAAAAAUUGCAAAACUUGCAAUAGCCAUUGCAAUUGAAGAUGUCAAUUCUGAUCCUGAAAUUCUCAAUGGAACAAAGCUGACACUCAAAAUGCAGAACACCGGAUCUAAUGACUUUCUUGGAAUUGUUGAUCUGGCUUUGCAGUUUAUGGAGAAUGACACAGUGGCCAUAAUUGGUCCCCAAUUCUCAGCUACGGCUCGUAUGCUCUCGCACAUUGCAAAUGACCUAAAAGUCCCUUUAUUAUCAUUUUCGGCAACAGACCCCACCCUUUCUCCAGUUCAAUUCCCUUUCUUGGUUAGGACAACACGAAGUGAUCUCUUUCAGAUGACUGCAGUGGCAGACCUUGUUGCCUUCUAUGAGUGGAGAGAAGUCAUAGCAAUUUACGUAGAUGAUGAUUUUGGGAGAAAUGCCAUUGCUGCCUUAGGGGAUAAGCUAGCUGAAAAGCGGUGUAGAAUUUCAUACAAAGUGCCUCUGAACCCCAAAGCAACAAAAGAUGAUAUCACUAAAGCACUGAUUAGUGUGUCUUCAAUGGAGCCUCGGAUUCUCAUCGUCCACAUUUACACUAAUUGGGGUCUACGAGUAUUUAGUGAAGCACAAAACCUCAUGAUGAUGGGGAGUGGAUAUGUAUGGAUUGCUACUGAUUGGUUGUCUACCAUAUUAGACACAGAUCCUUCCCUACCUUUACUGGCAACAAAGGACGUUCAAGGGGUUCUUACAUUGCGUAUGUACACACCAGAGUCGGAACUCAAAACAAGAUUUAAAUCGCGGUGGGGCAACUUGACAAGAGUGAGAGGAUUUAAUGGCUCUUCUUUUGGGCUAAAUAUGCAUGGUCUAUACGCCUAUGACUCUGUAUGGCUUCUUGCUCUUGCCAUUGAUUCAUUUUUGGCUCGUGCGGGGAAUGUCUCAUUUUCAAAUGACUCCAAUGUAAGCGAUUUACGUGGAGGAAAGGUGUGCAUCUUUAAUGAAGGCAGCCAGUUGGUUCAAAGCAUUUUAGAGGUUAAUGCAACUGGUGUAACAGGGCCACUUAAGUUUAAUCCAGAUGGGGACUUAAUCAAUCCUGCAUUUGAAGUCAUCAAUGUGAUUGGCACAGGGACCAGGACUGUUGGAUAUUGGUCUAAUUCUUCUGGCCUUUUAGUUGACCCUCCAGAGAAGCCCCAAAGGAAGAAGCAAUCUAAUGGUUCCAGUACAAGUAGUCAACAACUAUACAGCGUUAUCUGGCCGGGACAAACAACUCAGAAGCCUCGUGGGUGGGUUUUCCCAGAAAACGGAAAAAAGCUGAGGAUUGCAGUCGUAAAUCGAGUUAGUUAUCGUGAGUUUGCGAGUGUAAAAGGCACUGAUGUCUCUGGCUUUUGCGUUGAGGUAUUUCAAGCUGCACUAAAUGAGUUACCGUAUGGCGUCCCAUAUAAGUUUGUCCUUUUCGGGGAUGGUAAAAUAAAUACAGAACCAAGUGAACUUCUGCACAAGAUCCAAACUGGUGAACUUGACGGUCUAGUAGGAGAUAUUACCAUCACCACUAGCAGAACAAAGAUGGCGGAUUUUACACAGCCAUAUAUUGAGUCUGGGCUAGUUGUAGUUGCUCCAAUAAGGAAGUUGAACUCUAGUGCUUGGGCAUUUUUGAGACCUUUCACUCCAAUGAUGUGGGGUAUCACAUGUAUUUUCUUCCUAGGUGUGGGAGCAGUUGUUUGGAUUUUGGAGCACAGAACGAACGAGGAUUUCCGGGGACCUCCAAGAAAACAAUUUGUGACUGUUGUUUGGUUUAGCUUUUCAACUUGGUUCUUUUCCCACAAAGAAAACACUGUCAGCACGCUUGGUCGGUUUGUGUUAAUUAUAUGGCUAUUUGUAGUUCUAUUAAUCAACUCAAGCUACAUUGCAAGCCUGACCUCAAUCCUCACAGUGGAGCAGCUUUCUUCCCCCAUUAAAGGCAUUGAAAGUUUAGCAACAGGAAAUGAUCCCAUUGGUUUCCUGAACGGUUCAUUUGCUGAAAGAUACUUGACAGACGAGCUAAAAAUACACAGGUCCAGACUUGUGCCCCUUAACUCACCAGAAGAAUAUGAGAAGGCCUUGGAAGAUGGCCCUAGCGCAGGCGGUGUUGCUGCAAUUGUUGACGAGCGCACUUACAUGGAGCUCUUCCUCUCUGUUCGAUGCGGAUAUAGCAUUGUAGGUCAAGAAUUCACCAAAAUGGGCUGGGGAUUUGCCUUUCCACGGGACUCGCCACUGGCAGCUGACAUGUCAACCGCCCUGCUGAAACUAUCAGAGAAGGGGGAUCUCCAGAAGAUUCAUGACAAGUGGCUGAUGAAGAGUGCUUGUAGCGCGCAAGGAACAAAGCAAGCAGUAGACCGCCUGCCACUGAAAAGCUUUUGGGGCCUGUUCCUGCUAAGCGGCAUUGCUUGCUUUCUUGCUCUCCUUCUUCAUGUUAUUCGCCUUGUCCAUAAAAGAUGUCCCAAGCAUGCAGAGAUGCAUAGAGUCUCCUGA